AUGACACGUUAAGUCAGCUGUUAUGACAUAUUAUGACACGGUUAUGACCGUGUCCUAACGUGUUUUGACACUGGGUGUCAAGUAAAGUGUUACCAUUUAUUCACUGUACAUUGUGUGGAGAAGGGUCUAUUCAACCCAUCGAAAAUAUGACAAAUAAAUAUUUCUGAAUCGAAUGAUACGCUCAUUUAACAGACAGUUUCAUACAAAGCGACUUACAGCACCCUCAACAUAAUGACACAUAUACUCACUAUGUGGCCCAUGCUGGAAUCAAACCCACAACACUGGUGUCUCUGCCGCCACCAAGCUCUAACAAACUGAGCCAUUUGUAUUUGUAUUGGUAUUGGUAUGUAUUAGGAUCCCCAUUAGCCGCUGCAAAAGCAUCAGCUACUCUUCCUAGGGUCCACAUGAAACAUGACUUAAUACAUAGUACGGAACAUUAUUAGUCAAGCACUGAAAUGCAUCAUUUCAAAAUGUUACAUAUCAGUACAUACACACACAAUAUCUAGGUCUAAUACAUAGUACAGUGCAAUUACAAAACAAGAUAUAUAAAAUGGCUGUGUCUCUUCACAGUCCACUUUGUGCAGUAAGUUGUUCUUUUAUCUGCUUUUUUAAACUGGUUUUAUCGCUAGCUUGAGUUACCUGGGGUGGCAGAGACACCCUAAACACUUGUAACAGGCUGAUUGGUCAGCUGUUUGAACCAUUAAAGGGUGCUCUGCUAUUCUUGGGUAGCGGAAUGACCUUUGCCCCCCUCCACUUCUGAGGGCACACAUCGUCUUCCAGGCUUAAAUUGUAUUCUGCUAUCAACCUCAGCAAUGUACCAUCCAGGUUGUUGCUACCAGGUGGUUUGUCCUUAUUUAUAGAUAACAACAAUUGUUUCACCUCUUCCACACCCACUUUGUAGAACUCAAAACGACAGUGCUUGUCCUUCAUUAUUUGGUCCAUUAUGCAUGAAUAUGAAGGCUCAGAAUUUGUUGUUUGACCAACAAUUUUUUUUCACGUCUUUAACAUAGGAAUCAUUGUAAAACCUCUUGUAUAAUCCUUUAAACACAAUUUUCGGGUCCAGUCUUUGGAGCAUUGUUUUUUCUAGUUAAGGCUAUUAUGAUCUCUACAUCUGAUGGGUGUGGAUACAGCUCUAGAGCAGAUUUCUGUAACAUUAGUAAAGAUGUGAUCAAUACACAUGGAGGAUUUAGUUCCAGUUCUGUUUGUAAAUACCCUGGUAGGUUGACUGAUAACUUGGACCAGAUUGCAACAGGCAUUUUACUGAAUUGUACAGUAGUUGCUCUGCUGUAUGGCAAGUCCUAGUGUGUGCUGCAAUAGGGGCCAGGCCUCUCUGGCUUUCCUCGGACUCUUCUUGGUUCAAGUUCAUACAAGCCCUACUCUUCCUGUAUAAGAUUAAUUACUGAGUACAAGCUGUUUUUCCAGCUGAGCGCUAUACCUCAAAGAUUAGUAUCCCCUCUUCUGACUGGUAGUUCAGUGAUAAUAGUAGGGAUAGGCUUGAAUGUACAGUGGUCUGUUUGUUGUUUCGUAGCGUUGGUUUGGUCACUAACCGGAGGCAGUUUCCUAGAGGUCAGAGGUCAGGCCAUGACCCCAAGGGAGCAGCUGAGAAAGAUGUCAGCGAUGGGGGAGCAGGGGGCUCUGGAUGAGAAACACUGGUACCGCCUGGUCAACGGCAUGUCUGCUGGAGAGCUACGUCAGCGGCAGGAGAUGAUGAUGAGGAACCAGAUGACCAUGACUCCUCAGAUCCUGGCCCAGGGACAGCAGAGGCUACAGGGGGUGCCCACCCAGUUUGAGCCCCGCUUCAUGGAAAGAGAGCUAGCUCCUCCCUCUGAGAUGGUAUCUUCUGAGGUCAGGCAGAUGCACAUGGGGGGUCACCUCGGUCCGCCCAUGCCCCCACACCCUGGUAUACCUGGCAGGGGCUUCCCUGGAGCUAGCUAUAGCUUCAUGCCCUCAGAGCCCAUGGAGACAGUUGCCCGGCGACAGGAGCUCAUCCACAAGCAGAACAUCGCCAGGAUGGAGAUGAAUGCCAUCCUCCACCAGAAGGAGAUGGAGAACGCCCAUCAGAAGGGUCUGAUGGGUAUGGAGGCGCCCAUGAUGUACCAGUCCAAUGCCAUGGCGUUCCGAGGGCGCCAACGCCUCCCAGACGGCCAUGAUGUCUUCGUCCACCGCACCACCCUGGAGGAAAUGCAGGCCAACAGCCUCAUGAUGUCCUCCAGCCCCUAUCCACCAAUCAGCACGCUGCAGAGGGAGAGGAGCCGCAGGGCCGGUCGCAGGGCAACUAAUCACAAGAGCGCAGAGAGCCAUGCGUCGGGCCCAAAGGGCCAAUCGGAAGACAAGAGCGUGGAGCAGAGUCCUGGCGGUGCCUCGGGAGAGGAGAAAGAGGCGGAGGGGAAAAUGGACAUGGGAGGGGAGGCGGCCAGCAAACAACAUCAAACCAAAAUGGACGCACAGCUCUCGACGGGCACCAGGAAGAGCUACAAGGAGGAGGAGCAGGGCCUGCGCAAGGCCUGCAUAAACAGUCAAGAUGGCUGCCCUGACGUUACCAACUGUAACAGUAGCGCCAGCGACAAAGACAUGCCUGGCCAAUGCUCUGCGUUCCAGUAUCCCUCCGCCAGUGGACCUAUCCCAGGCAUGCCUUACAUGUUCCCUCAUGGGCACCCCAAUCUCUUUCUCAACGGAGAAGAUAUGUCCUCUAUCCAGGACCUUAGGAAGUGGACAGUGGACGACGUGUACAACUUCAUCAACAACAUACCCAGCUGCUCUGAAUAUGCUCAGACGUUCAAGGACCACAUGAUAGAUGGGGAAACGUUGCCGCUCCUGACAGAAGACCAUCUACUGGACACCAUGGGACUGAAGCUGGGCCCUGCACUCAAGAUACGAUCACAGGUGUCUCGACGGCUAGGCAGCAUGUUUUAUAUGAUGAACCUCCCGCUCGCCGCCGCAGCCGCUCUGCAGGCCGCCCCUGACAAGGCAGGAGGAGGCCGAUCGUCAGAGAUCAGCUCCCCUGUUAACUGUAACAGUGUGGAGAUGAUGGGCAGCCCGUGCACCAGAGACCCAGAGGGCCUGAAACCAACUGACUCCCUCCCAGAGACUGACAACCCCUCUCCCCCUUCGGCCAGCAGUGGAACUGCCUGAGGCAUCAGUGCGUGGGAGAAGAGUCGUCAGCCAGUGGCUCAGAUCCAAGUCGACCACUAGCCUCUACCACAUACACAUAGACACAUACCCUCAAAGGACUUCAUGUAGAUUUUUAAGCAUUGGAUGGGUAUAAGUGAUAUAGUAAUAGCUGCAUCUUGCCCUCUGAUUGGCUAGAUGGAAUUGUUGCUGUGUUGGAUACACCUGUCCAACCUUCAGAAGUGCACAGGGAGUAGGAAGUAGGGUUCGAUUAGGAAUUCAGGAAGUGUUUCAGCCCAAAGAGCUGCUUUUGAGCUGCUAACCAUUUCCAUCAGGCAAUGGUGUUCAGUUUUCUAGUGUGUGUCCUGCAGUGUUUAAACUGCUAGGUAUAUGAUGGCAUUUUUUCUAUGUAUUUAGUUACAGUUGAAAUGUUUGGUACUUUUUUUCCACCAUGUUUCAGAUUCAAGAUGGAGGCAAUAAACCCCAAGCCAUUAGAAAUAUAGAUGGCUUGAUGAAGAAUGGGAAGAACACUGAAUAUACACAUGACCUCUGUGUUUGGGGGGAAAAUAAACUGUAUUAUGUAAAUGUUAAUGCAUUAAUUGUGUUUUUGUAGCAUAAUGCUUUCCAAUGAAUAUGUGUGACAUUACCACUUUUAAUGAAUAUAAAUGAUUGAUUUUAAUGUCA